AUGGUGCGAAUCAGAACAGAGCGCGUUCUGAGUGUUGCCAACAUGACUCCAAGUGCGCUUCACAUCAACAUCGGUAGCUCGCUCCGACAGCAAGGGGCCAUUGAGAAAGUUGCCUCAUGUGAGGAGCGAUCCGUUGGAUUUUCAGUGGUGAGCAACCGCCUGGUGGUCUCAAUUGCUGAUGAUGAAGCAUCCGGCGGGCCAGGUGAUCAAGUGGAAUGGUCUCCAGAAAUCACUCUCAAUGUGAACGGCGAUACAAAGCCAGUUGUCGUGCCUCCCGGUAGGACAGGGCUACGCAGUUUAGCUAGCGCAUACUGCGUCGAGCUGGCGAACUGUGAUGGGUAUCUGAAGUUGACAAUCCGACCGCAAGUCGUGGUGAUCAAUUCGACGAACUGUGGUUUAAAGUUUGCUCCGACAGACGGGCGAGGAAACUCACUCGCUGCAGAAGACGAACUAUCGUUGGUGUCAGGUGAUGAUGCAGGGUGGUCUGUGCCGGUGUGUCUUCACAAAGAAGCAAAGAAGCGGAGUAUUACUGCCGACGUAUCGUCUUGGUUGAGUUCGAAGCUGUCAAGACGUCCCAGCGAGGACUCGUCUAACCCCGCAAAACAAGCCUUAGUGGCGAGAUUGUCGUGCUCCUUCCGGGUAUCCCUGGCCGAAGAUGGAUACGAGUGGACGGAAGAAAUCGCCGUCCUACUCCCGAAAAUCCCCCUUCUACUUAAUUCAGACGGCAAACUGACAAUCGUUGAGCCGCAGACGCCGUCAACAGCACCGCCCAACACGCCAGAAAGUCUGUACCCGGCCCCCUCGACGACUAUUCAUCGAAGACGCCUGCUGAUUCGUCACCGGGGGUUCCGCCACAAGAUGCUAACCUACACCAUGACGCAGACACACAAGAGUAUUCACAUUAUGUUCUUUGUGGACCACCAGCCCCCCGUGAUCGUCCACAAUCAGUGGGACAACGUGCUGGGUUUCCGAAGUGUGUCAUUCCCGUCGGAUCCGGAAGGGGUUGGAUCCAAUUAUUACCUGGAGUAUGACUGGGGUCUACAGGUUUCCACCACGCAACGCACACUAAAGGAGGAACCAACAGAGGAUGCUGAAAGCAGCAACAGCGGUACCGAGUCAGACACCGAGCGGCUGCGAGAUUGGAUGGAAGCUUCAGUGCAGGCUGGAGAGCGCGUCAACAUGCCAGACACUACGAACGGCGAGCGCAUGCGUUUCCAGAUCGGAUCACCUCAGUAUGGGUGGUCGAAUGCGCUCUGGCAAGUUGGUGGGAUUCAAUUCGCGUCAUUUUCAGAUGAAGACGGUACUGGGAAGGCCGGACCCACCUUCUUAGUCAUGUGCUUUUAUCGAGCUGGAUCAUGGCUGAUCUCUAUCACCUGCCUCGAGGACCCAACGCACGAAGGCCACUCAGCUGGAGUACCUUCGUUGGUUCUGCCUUCCGCAGCCACCCCAACCAACGUCGAGCAGGCCGCUCCAGCAUUUCUGAAACUUGGUGUGAUCGUGGAGGAGCUCUCUCUUCACUUUUGUGACGAGCAUGACCCCGUACGCGAUGCGAGAGGGUUGAUUUUAUACCCAGAAAUUCUACGAGCGACUUGCAACGCAGUGUCAAUCGUUUUUGCGACGGCUCCAGACCCCCCUGAAGUUUCACGCCACAGCACACGCCUGGGGUAUCUAUCGCACGUCCGGUCGUAUACAACACUUUUCGUUGGGGUCGAAGAUAUCGAGGUGGGGCAUUUCCUACAAACGUGCAAUUUCCCUGUGAUGCUGUGCUUUCCGGAAACCCAUGCGUCAAAAGACUUGCUGCAAUUCGAUCGGGUUCGAAAGCAGGAAAAGUUAGUGGAUCUGAUGGGGAAGCUUCUGGGCAAGCAACUGCCUGGAGCGGAGUUCUCCUCCUUGGUUACCAGAGUCAUCUAUACAGAUACCUGGGACCCGGUUGGAAUCCCGUCGUAUUUCCACAGCAUCGAGCUGAAGCUUGCCCCGGCUGUUCUUCAGGUGGAAGACGACAUUCUGACCUACGUGAACGCAUUCAUCCGACCCACACUGGAUGCGCUAGAAGGAGAAGCUGCUUCUGGCGAUGUCAACUCCAAGCCACGGACUCCCGAUGAGGGUGCUUGGAGCACGGCCGCGUUUGAGUCAGCAGUCAUCACCAAGCAGCGCAAAGUUUACAUCGAGCGAUUGGAGAUCAGUAAUCUCCAGGUGACUAUCACCGCAAGAGUGUCGAUUCCUGUGCUGAAUAGCUUCGACGGGACCCCACUGCACUUCGGGUCAACUGAGAUGCGCGAGGUGUUUUCGUUCCCUGAUCAACUCUACAAGGAUCUGGCAGCUGAUUACGUGGCCGACGCAAUUGUCCGCUCUCCGAUGCUUCUCAUGUCGUUGAACAUUAUCGGCAACCCAGCAGGUUUCCUUCGAAGCUUUGGCCAAGGCGUUCGGGACCUCGUUGAAAUUCCUCUGGCUGCGUCCCGAAAUGGCUACAGUCCAUGGGUACUUACCAAGGGCGUGGUUGGUGGUGUUGCCUCCUUUUUAGGCCAUGCCACAGCAGCAACACUCACCUCUGUAUCUGGAUUCUCGUACUCAAUUUCUCGGACUAUGGAUCAACUCACGCUGCCGUCAGAUCAGCUAAAGAAGCGCCAUUACACCCGCCCAACGCAGUUGUCGUCAGCUCUGGCCAACGGCCUAGGGUCUUUGGGAUCGAGUGUUGUUGGAGCAGCAGCUGGAGUGAUCACGACUCCGAUUGCCGUUUACAAGGAGCGACAGAUGCAAGGUCUCGAUAAUGGACUUCGAAGCGUGGUAGGCGGUGUUGGAAUGGGCCUUGUGGGUAUUGUUGCGCGACCAAUGGGUGGAGUUGCGUCUCUGGUGUCGAUGACAUCGGAUGGACUGCUCUAUGGAAUGGGGGGCAAUCGAGCACCUUUCGACGACUCGGUGUCGCGGUUUGAUGCGAGACCAAACGAGCUAUUGCGCUACAAGCUGAAGGUGCUGCCGGACGCGAUCGGAAGCAGUUUGAUUUUUGCGCAUGGCGUUUGGGUCAUUGGGGCCGAAAACAAGCUGGCCGCCUCCGACAAUGAGUGCAACGACUUGUCUGCAGACCAACUUCAAGCCCCUGACAACGAAGCCCUUCGAGGUCUGUUGCUGCAGGCAGAUAUGGCGCUUCGGCUGGUUCAAGUGACUGUUGUGUGCUCGAAUGAGUGUUUGUAUGUCGUUGGGGUGAGCGGUGCGCAGAAUCUGGCCGUGCUAGUGCGCACGUCGUUGGAAUCGAUCCAGGCAGUUGAAGAAAGCCUGAAAGAGCCCACGAUCUUUGACCUGGGCAUCAAGACGCAAGCAAGUGUAGAAUGGCUGCGCUUCCGGCUUCCACCCCGCCAGAGGCGGAAUUUGAGCCACCAGCUUCGGCUUUGGCUGGCAAAUGAUGCGAUUUUGUAG